GGAAACCCUGACCGUCACAGUCCACAAUUCUCCUCCAAGAACCUCCGGGACGAGCAUAGCGGAAGAGACUGGCACUUCUACCGAUUGGUGGAGCGGGUCAAGUUCGACCCAGGUUUCCUCCUUUUCCAUCCAAGGUUUGAACCACAAGCAGGCCUUCAAGGAAAUCAGUGCUAAAUGCUGUGGCGCGAAUGGGUACAACACCGUCGCAGACUUCUGGUGCCUGCGUGGUUCGGACGCGUUCCUGAUAGCCCGCCUACCGAUCAUGAUGCGGAUUUCUGGGAUGCUGAACCCGUGGCCGCGCCUUGGUAAUGUAGGCAGCAGCGAUUGGAGGAAAGGAGAAUCCAGUGGCCUGGCAGCGUUGAGUAUUCGUGAGCGGGUAGUGGACAAGAACCUUGCGCCUCGAGUCGGCGAUUUGCGACAUGACAGCUCAUCAGAACACGAGCCCGUCUUGCGAGAACUAGGACCACAUCAGGAUGUUGAGUACUACAGCAUCGGCGCACGGGAUCGGUACCUUCUGCCGAGUGCAACUGAGAUCACAGCGAACUUCCGCAGGAGCGGAUCUCGACCUUGUUCCAUUGCAACGACAACUAGUAGUGCUGCAGCUUCACCAGCGACACCACCACAGUAUGCUACAGCUUCUUCAACCCGUGAACACAAGUGGACUGCGGUCCUCAGUGAUCGUUACCGCCGCAUCGUGGCCCGCUUGACGAGGCUGAAAGCGUGGAGUUCUUGGGGAUUUUCAUCGCCUGUUGCUCCUCCCAGCGAGAAAAGAACAGGGGAUCAUGACGCCGUGGACCCUCCACCACGAGGAACACCAGCGGAGAUUCGGCACCAAGCCUUCCAACGCCUGCAAAGAUUCGCAAAACUGCAUCCGGCUGGC